GUAGGGAAUUUGCAAGGAAUUAUGGGAUAUUAAAUUCCGUAGUGAGAAACGCGAGAGACAGUUUUGAAGUUAAUGGAACCGAAAUAUUGCUAAGUUUGUGAGAGUUAUCAUCAAGACGGAACGGAAACUUGGGUCCCUAAUAUUAAAUAAGCUGAAAUGGAUCCAAGGAUAGUUAAGAAAACCCAGGACACCUUGGGAAAAAUUAUUAAGAAGCCGCCACUUACCGAAAAAUUAUUGAGUAAACCACCUUUCAGAUUUCUACAUGAUAUUAUUACCUCAGUUAUCAAAACAACCGGUUUUAUGAAUGGCUUAUACAAAGAAGAAGAGUUGAAUUCAGAAAAUGUGAAGGAUAAGGACAGCAAGAUUGCUUUUCUACAAAAGGCCAUUGAUUUUACAGCAAUGGUUACUGGAAAGUCAUUGUCCGUCAAACCAGCCAAAAUUGUCGCAGGCCAUGAACCAGAGAAAACCAAUGAGUUUUUGCAGUGUUUAGCUGCUGCAAUCAAUAAAGGGGUUGACAAUGACGAGUAUGUGGCAAAAAUGACCAAAGGAGGAGGGGAACCCAAAGAGGAGAAGAGAGACAAGUCAAAGGAAGGCAGUAGGGAGGACCGCAAGAAGAGGGACUCCGAGGAUAAAAAGGACAGAGACAAGAGUGCCAGUCGAGAAAAAAGCAGAGAGCGUCACAGAGAUAAGGAAGACAGACACAAAGACAGAGAAGAUCGUCAUAGAGACAAGGAAGAUCGCCAUAGAGACGACGAGGACCGACACAGAGAUAAAAAAGAUCGCCACAGGGAUAAAGAGAGUCGCCACAAGGACAAAGAUGAGGAUAAGGAAGACCGCCACAAAGAUAGGGAAGAACGCCACAGAGAGAGAAAGGAAAGGAGAAAGGCUCAGGAUGAAGUUUGGAAAAAUGUAGGAGUAGAAAUUUUGGAUUCUGAUUCAAAUACUUCGUCGGAUAUAGAUUUACUGGAAGGGUUAUCCCAGACUGAUUUGACAGCAUCUUCAGCAAUUGACUCAGCUGGUGCAAAUGAUUCUAAGCACAAUAUUAAAUCAAAGCGGCCAGGAGGAGCAAGACAUAGGUCAUCAAGAACAGUAGAGAGGACUUCAUCAGAUGAUUUGAUAACAAAAGAAGGUAUGAAAGAUUCUGAACAGUCAACAACAGGGAGUGAAAGGCAAAUUGCUGAAGGGAAGGAGGUGGAAAGGAAAAGAAAUGUCGGAACCAAAAGUAGACUGGCAGUUCGUCAAGCAGAAGAGGAAACAGAUCCACAUCAAGAUGGAGCUACAAGUAGAGCUGAUGUUAGGCCAGUGGAGAGGAGGGCAGGCAAACAAGGCCAAACUAAACAAGAUGCUGCUGGCCAAGACCAGAUUGAGGCUCAACACAAGCUUAAGUCAGUUGAGCAAAAGGUGCCUGAAAAGGCAAAGAAAAAAGCACCUGCUAAACACGCACAGAAAGCUGAGAAAUCAAACCAAGACCAAAGCCCAACAAGUAAGAAAAGUUCAAAGGAAAGGAAGUAUGCUGCCAAGAAAGGAGUAGAGAAGGACAUCUCUAGUGGCAGAAGUCCCAACAAGAGAGAGAGUCAGGAAGAGUCUCCCAAAUUCAUUCCAAGAAAGCACUCUAGAAUGAACUUUGACCCUGAGUACAUGGAAAGAAAGAUCCGAGAAAAGAAAAGGCAAGGUUCCAUGUAUAGUGUUCAAAGAGAGUGGAAAAUGGUGGAAAGGGCAAUGCAUAGUCGCGCUAGUGACCGAGGAAUAGAGUCUAGGAGUGGAAUUCUUGAAGAAGAUUCUUAUCACCAGGAUGAAGAAAGCAAAGAAAAUGACCCCUCACAAAUGAAUGGAGAAAAAGAGGAGGGUCCCACUAAGUUAGCCCGCCCUUCCUCUGCUAAAGGAUCCAGAAGAAGGCGAGAAGGACGUCGACACUCUAGUGAUGAAGAAGAUGAACCACCAAAGACUAUGAUGGCAACAGAGGGGGGUGACGACAAUCUGCCUCCUCAAGUCUCCGCAUCAAGGUCCCUGGCUCGCCCUAGUAGUGCCCGCCCUGCCCCACCCAGGAGAAAGCAAGAAGUGAUGGAAAAUGAACCAGCUAUGAGGCUGGGCAGUGGUAAGCCGUCCAAUGUGAUAGUGGACGGAGGGAGGGACUCUGAGGAGGAGGAAGACGAGACGUUCAUGGUGGAGGAAACCGCCGCCCCCCAGGAUCCUGAACAGGCCCCUCCCCCACAACAAGAUGACGAUGAGGAUGAGGACCAUGGAGGACUGGUCAAGAAGAUGCUCGAAACCAAGAAAGAGCUGGAGUCUGGGAGCCAAGUCAAGAAAACAGAAAUUGAAAGACCAAGGAUUACUGAUGCCCAGCGCAUGAAGCAGAGACAGCAGGUUCAGAAAGAGAUAGACAAGCUCCGAGUCAGCAUUCAGACCUUGACCCGCAGCGCGAACCCCCUGGGUAAGGUGAUGGACUAUGUGCAGGAGGACUUGGACUCCAUGCAGAAAGAACUACAGAGGUGGAAACAAGAAAACAAGGAGCAUGCCUUAGAGCUCAAGAGGGAAAGAAGUAUCACAGAUAAAGCUAUUGAGCCUCUAAGAGCCCAGCUGACAGAAGUUGACCAGGCCAUUAAAGAUCAACUAGAUCUCAUUGCUGCUGUUAAAUCCAACAUUAUCCGUAACGACCAGAAAAUCGACAAAAUGCUCCGAAGUAUAGCCAAAUCUUGAUCAUCUGCUGCUUCAAACUACUCAUUCGUUUUCAUGCAGGUCUAGAUCUAGAACUCUCAGCAUUGCUCCUCAGUUAUACUGUAAUUCUCUCAGACUUAUGCUGAAAUAUCCAAGAUACAUGUAAAUUGGUAAGAGAGACGAGACGAAAGUGAGCGAUUGGGCGUUAGACAGAUGUUAGUUAUGAAUGUGUUGGCUUUGCCAUUCAGGGUGUAGGUAGGAUUGUGAUUGUUAAAAUAUCUAGAUUGCUUCAGUCACUGCCUAUGGACAUUAGUGGUAUAAAUUAUAUUAAGUAUAAAUGAAGCAAGGAGAGUGAGUGGAAUAGAGUAUAUUAUUUAUGUGAGAAAGGUGAGCAUAUUGAUGAACCUGAUAUCUAUCAAUGUAAAAUUGCGUUUUCUAAUGCAGGAUAUCUUAUUUUUUUUCUAUAUAAUUAAAACUUUUGUUGCAAAUUUCUUUCAAAUCAAUAAUACUUCAUGUGUUUUCACUGUCUAUUUGGCAGUAUAAACAAUUUUAUCAUACCAGAAAUGUUCACAAGAUGGGAAAAAAACCAUACAUGACAGAAAUUCAAUACCCCUAUAGAUCUGGAGAAAAGGCAGUGAAAUGUGUGCAUGUGAAGAUGACAAUACAUGAACAGGUUAUCUAUUUUUUUUGACACCAUUGAGUGUUGAUGUUUUCAAUGAUCUGAAACUUAUCUUUUUAUACAUCGUUCUUUAGUUUUGCAAAAGACUAUUUGAUUUAUAAAAUGCAUUGUUAGCUUUACAUCUCAUGCUAGGUGCUGUCAAUUGUUAGGAAUGGAAGAACAUUCGGCAUUACAACAGCUUAAUAUAAAUAAUUUUUGUAGUGUCUUUAUUAAUACUGAUUUCUUUGUUUUUUGUGUGAAUUUAUAUUCUGUGAAAUUGAAAUCUCUGAAGAAUUAAAAUUGCUGUCUCAAAUUUCAUCUUUUAUCUUAAAUUCUUUUCAAUGUAAAUUUUUAUUGUUGUCAUACAUCAUAUCAGAAUUUUUGUAGUGUUUCCUCAAAACUGUUAUAUGUGAAUUCUUCCAUCAUUACAUUUUCCAAUGUUUAAUGUACACACUUAAAUGGUUCAUGUCUCUUUUUGCUCACUUGAAGUUUUUGAAAAUUAAUUCAGAACAUUCCAUGAACUAAGUACUGACAACAAAGUUUCAUCUGCCAGUUUCCCCCCAAUUUUUUUUUUCAUUGAUCCGUGAUUUACAUUGUAGGUUCUUGAGACUGCUUUACGGUCCUUUUGGGGUUGUGUUUGUUGUAUUUUAUUUAUUGGAUAAAUUUAGUCCUGUUAUCAUUAGACAUGUGUUUUUUGUCUUGUCACAGUUUUAAGAUAUACUGACAUCCAUGUACGUGUUGUGCUACAUUGUAUAAGAUAAUUAUUACAGUUGUUAGAUAUUUGAAGACCGUUGCAGUUUUGUCAAAACAUUUCCGUCCAGGUCAUAUUUUAAAAAAGAAGACUUGUUUUUGGUCUUGAAAUUGAAUAAAUUGUUUUAAUGCAAAA